ACCUAUCGUAUCAUAUACACCUAUAUAAUGUCAGUAUUAUUAUUACCAAUUAUUACCUAUUAAUUUUGAUAUUUGUUUUCAUUUUUAUUCAUUUUCGUCAUAAUUAUUUAAAUACCUAAUAUUGAAGUGAACGUUAAUACCUUAACCAUUAAGAUGUUAAAAAAGGUAUAUUAUAUAUUUUAAAUGAAAGACAAGUCCCCGUUGACUGAUACGAUGGGGAUUAUGUACGAGAAGCGGCCGUUAAAACGGCCUAGACUGGGGCCCCCUGACGUGUACCCUCAAGAAGCUCGCCAGAAAGAGGACGAACUCACGUCCGCUAAUGUUAAACACGGCUUCACAACAACACCACAGUCCAGCGAUGAAUUUGGCACAGCUCGGAAUUGUAAUUAUUCAACAUCUAAGAUUGGCCAAUUCUUCUCUGGUAUACUGUCUAAAAAGGAAGAAUUGAACACAUUACCUGAUUGUGGUAGGAAAAGGCAACAGGUAAACCCAAAGGAUAACUUCUGGCCUGCCACUGCAAGAACUAAACCUCAAAUUGAAGCUUGGUUCAAAGACUUAGCAGGUAGCAAACCACUAUCCCAGCUUGCAAAGAAGGCACCAAAUUUUAAUAAAAAGGAAGAGAUAUUCAUAACGUUGACCGAGUAUCAGGUGGCGAUGCCGCGAGCUGCUUGGUUCAUCAAGCUUAGCUCUGCCUACACUGUGGCUGUGUCUGAGGCCAAGAUUAAGAAGAGGCAGCUUUCAGAUCCUACUACUGAAUGGACAACAACACUCAUUAAGUUCCUCAAAGACCAAAUACCAAAGUUAGCUGAGUACUACCAAAGCUCCGUGCUGGGGAACAUCUCAGACAAAACACCGCCUUCGCAAUCAGGGCAAGGGACCCCUAGUCACAAUUCAUCAGGCAACCCUCCAGGAGGCACAACCCCCAAUUCGACAGUGCCAAACUCUAUGCACUCUCCUGGUAACUCUAAUAGUGGGUUAGGUUCUUCAACUCCAAAUUCGACGGAAAGCACAGACUGGCGACAAGCAUUAAGACAGUGGAAUUACUGUUGUCGUUUGUCCCGUUUCCUCCUUGACGAAGGUCUUCUAGACAGGCAUGACUUUCUUACGUGGAUCAUUGAAUUGCUCGACAAGAGGUCACCUGAUGAUGGACUUUUAAGACUAUUUCUGCCACUAGCGUUACAGCAUAUGAGUGAAUUUGUUUGCUGCGAAGGCCUAUCCCGUCGACUCGCAACCUCGUGCGCUAAGAAAGCAGCCGCCAUAUGCUCAGUUUUGUCUGAUACAACUUUGAGAGCGCUCAACCAACCUGCUGUUUUUAAAACUGAUAGAAAUGGAGAUGGAACCUCACCCAUGUCACCAUCAGCAGAAAGCAAUGGCGACGUAAAGCCAAACAUCUCCCAAAUAAAACGAUCUACAACUCCAGCUGACCAAAACCAAGGGACUCCCAAUCCUAACCAUUCACUAGGGACCCCUAAUCCUAAUCAUUCCCUUGGGACUCCAAAUCCUUUAGGAACCCCUAAUCCUCAGCAGCCCAUGGAUAUACAAGUUAAGGAAGAAAGGGUUUCUCCUGUAAGAGAUACAAAACCAAAUUUGAAUACUGUGAUAACAGCUGCAUUGAACCCUGUGCAAGUUGGCUUUGGAGAAAUACUGAACUGCUCCUUCCAUAGAGAUGUUAUUAUACAACUGGCUACUAUUUUGCAGAUUAUCUGUAUAGAAUGCCCUGCGGCCAUGGUUUGGUCUGGUUGUGGGUCGUCCCUACAAGGUUCUCCCCUAGACUUGCUGCCUCUGCCGCCCUCCGCUCUACCUAUGCCUCAUAUGGACACUAUGCUCACUGAAGAGCAUAGGAAGGUGGUAUAUGAAGCAGAACAAGAAAUAGCAGCUAGAAGCAAAAAAGCAGAAAGCAAAUGGUGUACAGACAAAUGGCAAACAAGCUCACAAGCUCGUGUGCUAGCUGUUUUAGAAGCGCUGGAUAGGCAUUGCUUUGAUCGAGUCGAUCCUAAUAACAAUUUGGACACAUUGUAUAAGGAAGUAUUUGCCAACUGCAUGCCAUCCAACAAAGAAGGCAAUCCGGACCCUAAAGAUCCGGAAUGGGCAUGUUCGUACGCGGUAGUACGUGUUCUAUGCGAGUGGGCGGUGUGCGGCGCGCGCUGGGGAGAGCACCGCGCCAUGGCGGCCGCCGCGCUCCUCGACCGGAGGCAGCACCAUCACCAGCAGCAUCAUGAGCACCAGGGCUCAGACGACAAAGAAUCCGUCAGUUCUGGUACGGGUCUGUACAAUGGACCGCCAAUAUUUCAAAAUUUACUACUGCGAUUUCUGGACAACGACGCACCCAUUCUAGCUUUUGUCAAUUGCCUGCAUACAGAUGAAAGCCCGAAUGCACCGCCGGGCAACAGACAGCAAUUCGCUAAUCUGGUACAUCUGUUCGGUGAAUUGAUUCGACGAGACGUCUUCUCUCACGACGCCUAUAUGUGUACACUUAUUUCUAGAGGAGAUCUCAUUUCACCGACGGAACCGACUUGUUCCGUCUCAAGUGCUCACACAGUGGCUCCACCGGCCACUAGUACCGGCACUACGCAUAACAUGGACGACGAUAUAUUCGCAGGCAUCGAUCUUAAGCCAAAGAUGGAGGAAAAUGUACGAAUGGAUUUGGAUGACUCGAAAAUAGAUGACGACUUAGACAAAUUGCUGCAACACAUAAAAGAGGACCAACAAAAUUCAAUGGAUGCACCAGACAGUCCCAAAGAUCCUGGAGAAACGUCGCAUAGUGUCAACUCACCAAUGAUGGGAGCGAGUGGAAUGGGUAUCGCAGGAAUGCAGUCUAUGGGAAUGGGUCCUAUGUCUGUACCAGGCAUGCGAUCAUCAAGCUCUAACGGAGGUUCCAGUACGGGUGCGGUGUCCAGGCAUUACAACUACACGAUGCACUUCCCGUUGCCGCCCACCGAGCCGGAGCACACGCCGCACGACGCCAACCAGAGACACAUCCUGUUGUACGGCGUCGGCAGGCAGAGGGAUGACGCCAAGCACGCCGUUAAGAAAAUGACCAAAGAAAUAUGCAAAUUGUUCUCUAAGAAGUUUUCGAUUGACGUCGCAGAAGGUGGAAAGAUUAAAAAACAUUCGCGCAGUGAAUUCAAUUUUGAAGCUGUCACGCAAAAGUUCCAGGCCAUGUCGAUGUACGAACAAGGGGCGGUAUCAUGGGCGGUGGGGGGCGCGGUGUGCGAGGCGCUGGCCGCAUAUGCUGCAGGCGCGACCACGUACCUGCCGCAGCCCGAACACGUGGCCUUCGCGCUCGACCUCAUGGAGAUCGCGCUCAACGUUCAUGGACUCAUUGAGACCUGUAUACAGAUACUGAAAGAGCUGUCCGAAGUGGAAGCAGCGCUAAUAACUCGCGGUGCGCCCAGCAGUGGACUGGCUGCACCUCGAGCCUACACCUCUGCCUUAGCUCUCUACACCGUCGGCGCUCUACGAAGAUACCAUUCUUGUUUAUUGUUGUGCGUGGAACAAACCUCGGCCGUGUUCGAGCAGUUGUGCCGCUUAGUCAAGUGCGUGGUGAAUCCGGGCGACUGCGGCUCGGCCGAGCGGUGCGUGUUAGCACAACUGCACGACCUGUACAAGGCCGCCGCGCAUCUGUUCCACGCUCCGCACGCGGAUACAUUCGCUAACGCUUACCCGAAGAUCAAACAAGCACUGUAUUCACCAUUAACACCGACACCGUCCAAUUACCAAUAUAAUCCUCAGUUUCUAAGCGAAUUCUUCACUAACCCAAGAAAAGGCAAAAUCGAGAUCUCAUGGGCCCGUCAAGUAGCGGAGUCGCCGGCUAACCGAUACAGUUUUGUGUGUUCUGCCAUGCUAGCUGUCUGUCGAGAGGUGGAUAACGAUCGUGUAAACGAGCUAGGUGUGGUUUGCGCGGAGAUGACAGCCUGGUGCAGUAGCCUAGCCGCGGAGUGGCUGGGGGCGCUAGUGGCGCUAUGUGGGGCGCAGCACUACCCCGCCCCGCACACCCCGCACGCCGCGCCGCCCCCGCUUUACCCCGACCUGCUGCACCACAGAGACCUGCACGACGCGGCUGCACACGACGCGCUGGCUGUCUUCACCUGCAUCCUUGUCGCUCGCCACUGCUUUUCCCUGGAGGACUUCGUGCGUCACGCGGCUCUGCCAUCGCUAGUGAAGGCGUGCGGUGGGGGUGGCCCCCUGCCUCCUAACGCACCGUCACCUGACGCCGGAGCGCGUCUUACCUGCCAUUUACUACUGCGACUGUUCAAGACUGUGGAUACGCCUCAGCCAGGUCUAUACAGCGUGUCGACAUCGCCCGGGCCGGGCGGCGCGGGUGCGGGCGUGCGGCUCUCCUGCGACCGCCACCUGCUGGCCGCGGCGCACAAGAACAUUGGCGUCGGGCCAGUCCUUGCCACUCUUAAAGCCAUUUUAAUGGUGGGAGAUUCUACGGCUCGGGAUGGCGGUAAACCUAUCGGGAAGAAAUCUAGUGAACUGUCACACAUACUUGGUACCAGCGACACUGUGCCAACUGACGCUCAGCUUGAUCUCAUGUCGAUGGUAGAUACAGAGAUGAGUGGGGGCCAUAGAACUCCUAGAGGCAGUGGUGGCGUUGGAUCAACCUUAUUGGACUCUUCGCAAUCUCUGUCCUCUUUGGCGCGACGGGUGUUGGCAGAAAUAUGCUCAGAGGAAUGGGUGUUACAAAAAUGUCUUCAAAACCCUGACGAGUUAUACCAACCUGAUAUGCUGCUCGAUUCCAUGCUAACGCCAAGACAGGCCCAAAGAUUACUGCAUAUGAUAUGUUAUCCUGAUUCGGCCAGUCACACGCAUCCGGACCUCGAUCAAAAGACAAUGAUUACUCGUUUGCUUGAGAAUUUGGAGCAAUGGUCAUUGAGGAUGUCAUGGUUAGACCUUCAGCUGAUGUUCAAGCAAUUCCCCAAUGGUUCUUCAGAGCUAAGCGGGUGGCUUGACACAGUAGCUCGUGCCGUCAUUAAUGUGUUCCAACAACCUGCACCACCUCCUCCCGAUAAAGACAGAAUGGGUACCGAGAGGGGCGUGGUGAGCACCAGUAAGUGGUCGGAAUCGGUGUGGCUGGUGGCGCCGCUCGUGGCAAAGCUGCCGCCCGCAGUACAGGGUCGGGUGCUGAAGCAGGCUGGACAGAUAUUAGAAAGCGGAUGGGGCGCGGGCUGCAGCGGCGGUUGCGCGAGCGGUAGCAGCGGCGGCGGCGGACCGCAUCGCGACUGCAAGAGCCACCAGAGCCCGAGCUAUAAAGGGUCAGCUGGUGCGGGUGGUGGAGGCAAGCGAGGCGUAGGCGGGGGCGGGAGCUGUUCUUGCGGCGCGUCUGCAGUUCGCCUUGCAAAUGAACCACUGUUGUCACUCGUUUUGACUUGUUUACGAAAUCAGGACGACCAAAAAGAAAGCCUCCUAAGUUCAAUCCACGCGCAACUCUCACAUUACCUGACGCACGCGCGUGACCACGAACGCAAUGCGUGUGGCGACGCGUGGCACGACGAGGCCGCGCCCGAUGCGUUGCAAUUGCGUUUCUCGCUCGCGGGCGGCAUGUUCGACGCAAUCCGCCGCUCCUAUCAGCUCACCGCUGAUUGGGCGCUGCUACUCACGCAACUCGUCGCGCACCAGCUCAUCGACGCGUACAAUAAUAGUCUGUGUCACAGCAACUUGUUCACCACCCUGAUCGACAUGCUCGCCACUCUGAUACACUCCACGCUAGCCGAGGGUAGUGAUGACAACAACCGGAAGCACUACCAGAAUUUGAUGAAGAAGUUGAAGAAGGAGAUCGGUGACCGCCACGGUCCGAGUGUUCAGGCCGUCCGGCAGCUUCUGCCUUUGUCGAAAAAUACAAUUAUUGAGGUAAUAGCUUGCGAACCUCUUGGUUGCCUGGUGGACCAAAAAGGGAAUAAGAUUACAGGGUUCGACAGCGACAAAAAACAGGGUCUACGACUAACAGAUAAGCAACGCGUAUCAAGUUGGGAGCUAGUAGAAGGCGGCAGAAAUCCCGCCCCACUGUCUUGGGCUUGGUUCGCCGCUACCAAGAUAGAAAGGAAACCGCUCACAUAUGAAAAUGCGCACAGAUUAUUGAAAUACCACACGCACAGCCUCGUGAAGCCGCUAAGCUAUUACUUAGAGCCACUGCCCUUACCGCCAGAGGACCUCGAUGCGAACGAUAGCAAGCAGGAUAAUGGAAGUUUGGAUUCAAGUCCGACUGGCUCUGGAAAGGGACGUAAGAUGUCGUGUAAGAUGAACAACAAAAUUAGCAAAAAGCCCAAGCCAACGACGCCGACGAACGGCGCGCCGGGGGGCAUGGGACCAGGCGCGGCGGCGGGCGCGCAGCAGCCGCAGUUCAUGCAGCAGCAGCAGUGGUUCCCGCCGCCAGGGGCUGGCCAGGGCUACUACAACCAAUCCGGUGCUGGUGCCGGCGUCAGCCCGCGCGGCGUGGCGCCUCCGUCCAACACGCAGUCGAAACAAGCGCUCAGCAACAUGCUGCGACAACGGGUGCCUUACUCACAGCUAUCACAGAUGCAGGGUGGCGGGUACCCUGGAGCGCCACAUCCGCGCGGCCCGUACCCGCGCCAGGGCAUGCGCCAGAUGCAACCCAACCAGAUGCAACAAAUGCAACCCAAUCAAAUGAACCCGAUGGGCGGUAUGGGAGGAAUGGGACCGAUGACCCAAAUGGGCGGCGUCCAAAUGGGUCCCAAUCAGAUGGGAGCGGCUCAGAUGGGCGGCGGGCAGAUGGGAGGCGGACAGAUGGGCGGCGGACAGAUGGGCAGCGGGCAAAUGGGUAGCGGACAGAUGGGCGGUAUGGGUGGGCAGAUGUUUGGCGGACAGUACGGCGGGAUGCAGCAGGGUUAUGGCUAUGGGCAGCCGAUGAUACAGGGAGGGCAGCAGCAGAUGUUGAAUCAGGGAAUGGGUCAAAGUGGGCAAAUGGGUCAAAUGGGCCAGCAGGUUAACCCAAUGGGUCAGAAUGUGAACUCGAUUGGACAAAAUGUUGGCCAAAUGAACCAAGGGGUUGGUCAGUCUUCACAAAUGCCGCAGGGCAUGGGUCAAAUGGGCCAAGGAAUGGGUCAGAUGGGGCAAGCGAUGGGUCAAAUGGGGCAGAUGGGGCAGGGUGGCGGUAUCGGCGGUAUGAGCAGUCAAACGGCGCCGAUGGGACCGCAGGGGGGCAACGCCAUGGGUGGCUUCCCCGGACAACAGUCAUUCCAACAGAACAUGAUGGGUGGUCGUGCGAGUCAAGAGGCGUACCUGGCUCAGCAGAGGCAAAACGUAAGGCCGCCAUACAUGCAGCAAGCCCCAAACGUAACAAUGGGUGGUAUGGGUGGUGCCGCGCCGCCCUACCCGAGAGCAAUGCAGCCGGCCCAAGCGGGCCAGUACCCGCAGAUGGCGCAGCAACAGCGCAUGCGGCAGCAGAUGCUAGCCAUGCAGCAGCAACAGCAGCAGCAGCAGCAGGGCCCCUUGCAUCAGCACUUGCAACAACGACAGUACCAGCAACCGUAUUAAGAGAAGUUUUCCUAGUUCACUCCCCAUCUCUCUCUCCAUACAAACGUGGUUUGAUUCUCAUUUAUCAUAGUAGUUUCAUAGUUACACGUGCUCGAAGAUUUGUAAUAAAUUUUGUUUAAUAUUCUAAUGAGAACCAAACUACGUUUGUUUAGAGCGCGCUAAGAAUAAACUAGGUUAAUCGAUCAAACGCAUUCCAAUGAACAAACGAAUGAAAACGAAGUAGCGUUAAUCAUUCUGUCUCACUCACAUAAUACACAGUAUACGGGAGAUCGAAUGAUUUACGCCGCUCUUCUCAAUUAGUUUCUUUAAUGGCACGCGUUAUACCGAUAAUAAUUUAAAAAAAAAACUACUUCACUAUAUUGAUCUUUUAAAUUGUGUAAGAAAUGGUGCUAAUUUGGUUGUGUACAUUAUCUGUAUUCUAAUGAUGCUGUUAUGGUGCUAUCCUUUUCACAAUAUUUCUUUCGGAAAAGGAUAGCGUUACAUUACGACCUUUCAAUUUUAGAGAUUGUGCACAACGGGAUUAGCACCAUUACCUAUUUAUAAAAUCUGGAAGUAUACUUUUUUUCUAAUCUUUACAUUUGUUAGUUCUGUAGAUACAUUUUAUUUUAUUAGGUACCUGUCUUUUUUAAGAAAAAUAUGAUUUGCAUAUUUAUUGGCAUAGGUACACCUAUUUUCAUUUUU